AUGGGUGCGUUUCUAAACAUCAGCUACACUUUUAUCGGGCAGAUCACUCUACCGAGCUUCAUUGCGGAGAUGAAAAACCCCAGGGAUUUCUACAAGGCGCUAUUAGUAGUUACCAUCGCGGAAGUUCUUGUCUUCAGCCUUGUGGGUUCGAUUGUUUACGUGUAUGCUGGUCAAUCUACAACAUCACCAGCCUUUGGGAGUCUGACGAGCCAGGAUAACAAGAUUAUUUCGUUCUCUUUGAUGGUUCCCACACUGAUUUUCUUAGGAGUUCUGUAUGCGUCUGUCUCGGCAAGGUUUAUCUUUUUCCGCUUGUUUGAAGGCACCAGUCAUAAAGGCAACCAUACCGUGGUUGGAUGGCUCUCGUGGGCCGGCAUCCUGGGAGUCACCUGGAUCUUCGCGUUCAUCAUUGCGGAAAUCAUCCCGUUCUUCUCUGAUCUGCUUUCGAUCAUGAGUUCUCUGUUUGACUCAUUCUUCGGAUUUAUCUUCUGGGGAGUAGCCUAUAUCCAGCUCCAGAAACUAGAGGAGAAGAAACGACCGAAUACUGCUCGGGGGGUGAGGGGCUGGAUUGGGUAUAUUUUCAGUUGGAUCCUCAUUGGGAUUGGACUGUACUUUUUGGGACCCGGAACAUAUGCAUCCAUCCAUAGCGUCGUCCUCAAUUAUAAAAACGGCAAGGUUGGCAGCCCUUUUAGCUGUAAAGACACUUCAGUGUAG